GAAAAAGGAGCGCACCAGGAGGGCUAGACGGGGCAGCCUUCCGCACCCCCUUUUCCGCCUGCUGUCUGGGGGAGCUCCGGGCCCUGCCGGCCGAUCCCUCCCCCGCUUCCCACCGCCCCUAGCUCUCCGCCCGGUCUGCUCGACCCACGCGCGAUUAUUCCGCGAAAGCGUGGAGGCUGCGGGUUUGUCCAUGGAGGCAGGCACCUUUUUCGAUCCACUCGAGGAAGAGGAUUUGUUCUGGAAAUCGGAGUGAAGGAAGCACCGAAGCGAAAGUUAAGGGAUCCUGCCUCCCCGGAGCCGCGGGCGAUGCGACUCGCUCCGCCGGGCGCUCCAGCCCGCCCGGCUUCGCCCUUCUCGGCAGUCGGGAACUAGUUCCCUGACCCUGUCGGAUCCCCGCCCGCUGCCUACAUCCUGGAUAUGUUUUCUCCCAGACCUGGAUAUUUUUUUGAUAUCGUGAAACUACGAGGGAAAUAACUUGGGGCGGGGGAUUUCUUCUUGGCUCCCUGCUUCUCCCCACGGACAUGCCUUCAGUCUGGAGGGCCGAGGCACCCGAUCCUAGACGAAUGAACCCUUCCAGCCGCGAGGGAGAGAAAUGAAGGGAAUUUCGGCCGCGGAAUAUAAGCUCUGCAGCUAGGUCCUCUCAUCUGCCAUUUGUCCUUUCAAACUGCCUUGUGAUACGGGCAGGAUAAGUCCACGAGAGAGAAGACGAGCCUCCUGGCCGUGUUUCUCCGCCCGUAUCUACUUUCCAUAUUUCUUUUCUUUGCCUUCCUGCUUCUUGGCUGGCCCAGGGAUGACUUCCUCGCUGCAGCGGCCCUGGCGGGUGCCCUGGCUACUGUGGACCGUCCUGCUGGUCAGCACUGCGGCCGCUUCCCAGAAUCAAGAACGGCUAUGUGCAUUUAAAGACCCCUAUCAGCAAGACCUUGGGAUAGGUGAGAGUCGAAUCUCUCAUGAAAAUGGGACAAUAUUAUGCUCAAAAGGUAGCACCUGCUAUGGCCUUUGGGAGAAAUCAAAAGGGGACAUAAAUCUUGUGAAACAAGGAUGUUGGUCUCACAUUGGAGAUCCCCAAGAGUGUCACUAUGAAGAAUGUGUCGUAACUACCACUCCUCCCUCAAUUCAGAACGGAACAUACCGUUUCUGCUGUUGUAGCACAGAUUUAUGUAAUGUCAACUUUACUGAGAAUUUUCCACCUCCUGACACAACACCACUCAGUCCACCUCAUUCAUUUAACCGAGAUGAGACAAUAAUCAUUGCUUUGGCAUCAGUCUCUGUAUUAGCUGUUUUGAUAGUUGCCUUAUGUUUUGGAUACAGAAUGUUGACAGGAGAUCGUAAACAAGGUCUUCACAGUAUGAACAUGAUGGAGGCAGCAGCAUCAGAGCCCUCUCUUGACCUAGAUAAUCUCAAACUGUUGGAGCUGAUUGGCCGGGGUAGAUACGGAGCAGUAUAUAAAGGUUCCUUGGAUGAGCGUCCAGUUGCUGUAAAAGUGUUUUCUUUUGCAAACCGUCAGAAUUUUAUCAAUGAGAAAAACAUUUACAGAGUGCCUUUGAUGGAACAUGACAAUAUAGCUCGCUUUAUAGUUGGAGAUGAGAGAGUCACUGCAGAUGGACGCAUGGAGUAUUUACUUGUGAUGGAGUAUUAUCCCAAUGGAUCUUUAUGCAAGUAUUUGAGUCUCCAUACAAGUGAUUGGGUAAGCUCUUGCCGCCUGGCUCAUUCUGUGACUAGAGGACUGGCUUAUCUUCAUACUGAAUUACCACGAGGAGAUCAUUAUAAACCUGCAAUUUCCCACCGAGAUUUAAAUAGCAGAAAUGUUCUGGUGAAAAAUGAUGGAACCUGUGUUAUUAGUGACUUUGGGUUGUCCAUGAGGCUGACUGGAAAUAGACUGGUGCGCCCAGGAGAAGAAGAUAAUGCAGCUAUAAGUGAGGUUGGCACAAUUAGAUAUAUGGCACCAGAAGUGCUAGAAGGAGCUGUGAACCUGAGGGACUGUGAAUCAGCUUUGAAACAAGUAGAUAUGUAUGCGCUUGGACUAAUCUAUUGGGAGAUAUUUAUGAGAUGUACAGACCUCUUCCCAGGGGAAUCUGUACCAGAAUACCAGAUGGCUUUUCAGACAGAAGUUGGAAACCAUCCUACUUUUGAGGAUAUGCAGGUUCUUGUGUCUAGGGAAAAACAGAGACCCAAAUUCCCAGAAGCCUGGAAAGAAAAUAGCCUGGCAGUGAGAUCACUCAAGGAGACAAUCGAAGACUGCUGGGAUCAGGAUGCAGAAGCUCGGCUUACUGCACAGUGUGCUGAGGAGAGGAUGGCUGAACUUAUGAUGAUAUGGGAAAGAAACAAAUCUGUGAGCCCAACAGUCAAUCCAAUGUCUACUGCUAUGCAGAAUGAACGCAACCUUUCACAUAAUAGGCGUGUGCCAAAAAUUGGUCCUUAUCCAGAUUAUUCUUCCUCCUCAUAUAUCGAAGACUCUAUUCAUCACACUGACAGCAUUGUGAAGAAUAUUUCCUCUGAGCAUUCAAUGUCUAGCACACCUUUGACAAUAGGGGAAAAGAACCGAAACUCAAUUAAUUAUGAACGUCAGCAAGCACAAGCUCGAAUCCCUAGCCCUGAAACGAGUGUCACCAGCCUGUCCACCAACACAACAACCACAAACACCACUGGCCUCACUCCAAGUACUGGCAUGACCACUAUAUCUGAGAUGCCAUACCCAGAUGAAACAAAUCUGCAUGCCACAAAUGUUGCACAGUCAAUUGGGCCAACCCCUGUCUGCUUACAGCUGACAGAAGAAGACUUAGAGACUAACAAGUUAGACCCAAAAGAAGUUGAUAAGAACCUCAAGGAGAGCUCAGAUGAGAAUCUCAUGGAGCAUUCUCUUAAACAGUUUAGUGGGCCAGACCCACUGAGCAGUACCAGUUCUAGCUUACUUUACCCACUCAUAAAGCUUGCAGUAGAAGUGACUGGACAGCAGGACUUCACACAGGCUGCAAAUGGCCAAGCAUGUUUAAUUCCUGAUGUUCUGCCUACUCAGAUCUAUCCUCUCCCCAAGCAACAGAACCUUCCUAAGAGACCUACUAGUUUGCCUUUGAACACCAAAAAUUCAACAAAGGAGCCCCGGCUAAAAUUUGGCAGCAAGCACAAAUCAAACUUGAAACAAGUAGAAACUGGAGUUGCCAAAAUGAAUACAAUCAAUGCAGCAGAACCUCAUGUGGUGACAGUCACCAUGAAUGGUGUGGCAGGUAGAAAUCACAGUGUUAACUCUCAUGCUGCCACAGCCCAAUAUGCCAAUGGGACAGUACCAUCUGGCCAGACAACCAACAUAGUGGCACAUAGGACCCAAGAAAUGCUACAGAAUCAAUUUAUUGGUGAGGACACCCGGCUGAAUAUUAAUUCUAGUCCUGAUGAGCAUGAACCUUUACUGAGACGAGAGCAGCAGGCUGGCCAUGAUGAAGGUGUUCUAGAUCGUCUUGUGGACAGGAGGGAACGGCCACUAGAAGGUGGCCGAACUAAUUCCAAUAACAACAACAGCAAUCCAUGUUCAGAACAAGAUGUUCUUACACAGGGUAUUCCAAGCACAGUAGCAGAUCCUGGGCCAUCAAAGCCCAGAAGAGCACAGAGGCCUAAUUCUCUGGAUCUGUCAGCCACAAAUGUCCUGGAUGGCAGCAGUAUGCAGAUAGGCGAGUCAAUACAAGAUGGCAAAUCAGGAUCAGGUGAAAAGAUCAAGAAACGUGUGAAAACUCCCUACUCUCUUAAGCGGUGGCGCCCCUCUACCUGGGUCAUCUCCACUGAACCACUGGACUGUGAGGUCAACAACAAUGGCAGUGACAGGGCAGUUCAUUCCAAAUCCAGCACUGCUGUUUACCUUGCAGAAGGAGGCACUGCCACAACCAUGGUGUCUAAAGAUAUGGGAAUGAACUGUCUGUGAAGCCUAUGGAGUGAAAUUAUUUUUUUGCAUCAUUUAAACAUGCAGAAGACAUUUAAAAAAACUGCUUUAUCCUCUUGUCAGCACCCCCUCCCACCCCUGUAACAAGGACUUGCUUUAAAUAGAUUUCAGCUAUGCAGAAAAAUUUAGCUUAUGCUUCCAUAUUUUUUAAUUUUGUUUUUUAAGUUUUGCACUUUUGUUUAGUCUUGCUAAAGUUAUAUUUGUCUGUUAUGACCACAGAAUUAUAUGUGUGUGUAUCAAAAAAGUGGUCUCAAAAUAUUUUUUUAAGAAAAAAACGCAAAAACAAUGUAUUGCUGAUAAUCAGUUUGGACCAGUUUCUAAAGGUCAUUAAAACAGAAGCAAAUUACGACAGGUUUGACUGCA